AUGCCUUUCGCUACAAGUAUUUAUCGUAAACCAACUUUCACAGGAUUAUUAUUAAAAUGGUCAUCAUAUGUACCAAAAACAUACAAAAUUAGUGCAAUUAGUACAAUGAUCUAUCGAGCUAUUAAAAUAUGCUCGACAUUUAAAUUAAUGACACAAGAAUUUGACUUCAUUCGAAAACUCGCAAUCCAAAACGGUUAUCCCAUUAACUUCAUUGAAUCACAAAUUCGAUCAACGCUCAACCGUUAUUAUAACUACAAAUAUUCGCAAAAGCCGAACUCUCUAACUGCAGCUGUCUUAAGUGCGAAAAAGAAAGAACAAGCGUACGUCGACAUUCCAUAUUUUGACAAAACAACUGAAAAAUUAGGCAAAAAGUUAAUAAAAAUCGCUGCAUCUGUUCGUCCUCAACUACACGUUCAACCAAUACCACGUCCACCACCAGCGAUAUCGACUUUCUUCUCGUCAAAAGACAAAAUACUUAUUUAUCUCCAAUCUGGUGUCGUAUACGAAAUCUCCUGUCAAGAUUGCGAAGCCACAUAUAUAGGCAAAACACUCCGUCAAAUUCAACGACGAUUACAUGAACACGGACAACCUUCUUCACCUGAACAGAAAUCCAACACUCCAACACAAACAACAAGUACUUCUCAAAAUGAUUUAUGA